UUUUGGUUAGGUUUUUCAAAUCAAAAUAAAAUCUUUAAAAACUAAAAAAUAAAAAUAUGUCUAGAAUUAGUAAUUACCUAUAUAACUUCCUUAAUCCUUCUAAUAAAUUAAAUCAAAAAUUGGUAUGUAAAAGCAAUUUAUUUUGCUUUGAUUCUUUUCAAAAUAGAAAUUAUUCCACAAUACUUCGACCACGCCAAGCAUGGGUUGAAAAUUGUAACACAGUUGAGGAGAAAAAAGUAAACUUAAUCGAAUUAGAUCCAAAAGUUUUCGCUGAGAAGCCUCGAGUAGAUGUUAUUCAUGAAAAUGUUGAAUGGCAACGAAAGUAUAGAUUUGUAUCAUUUGCGCAUACUAAAACCAGAGCCGAAGUACGUGGUGGUGGACGAAAGCCAUGGCCUCAAAAAGGUUUAGGAAGAGCCAGACAUGGUUCCAUCAGAUCACCAUUAUUUAAAGGCGGUGGUAUUGCGCACGGUCCUCGUUCACCAACAACACAUUUUUACAUGCUCCCAUUUACUACUCGCGUAUUAGGUUUAACAGCUGCACUAUCUGUUAAAUUUGCACAAGAUGACUUACAUUUUGUCGAAAAUUUUCAAAUUCCUACAAGAGAUCCACAAUUUUUUAAAGAUUUGUGCAGCGAACGUAAUUGGGGACCAUCAGUAUUGCUUGUAGAUUUUAAUGAAUUCCCAGAAGAUAUUUGUUAUGCGACAGACCCUAUGAGUUACAUAACUUUGAUGCCCCAUUAUGGUUUAAAUGUUUAUUCUAUUUUAAAGUAUGAAACUUUAGUCAUGACAGUUGCUGCAACCAAAAAAAUUGAGGAGAAACUACUUUUUCACAUGAAACGUUCGGAUAUUAAACAAUUAUCUAAGAAAUUUAAAGUAGAUCAGCAAUAAAAUUAAAUUUUGUAUUUUA